AGGACCCUUUGCCUAAUGCCUACAAAAGAAUCACCCUUCUGAUGUACUGAAAAAGCGUUCAUUAUCACUAGAAUGCAAUGGUAUUUGGGGUUAUAAUUCGCUGUGAUUCGUUCCAAUAAACUAUUGACUAAUAUCUAGUUCUUUAAAUAUCUAAAGCUGUGUGCAAGAACUUAGCUAUUUUGAACAUCCAUCUUAGAUUCUUAGUUAGGUUUGUGAUACUGGGCAAAAACUCCCCCAACUUAUAUGCCCAUGUUUACUUGUUAUAUUUGUUCAUCAGUGUUGGAAAAGAGAAAGUAGUAUUGGACUAUUUUAGUUAUUUCAUCCUGAAUGGAUCUGAGGAUCUCUACAUGACACAAUCACUGUUUUUUUGUAUGUUUCUUUUAUUUACAUUGUGCAGGGAUCUUAUCAAGUUGCUAAAUGGAAUGGUACAAAGGUUUCAGUGAAGAUUCUCGAUAAGGAUUGCUAUUCAGACCCUGAAAGCAUAAAUGCUUUCAAACAUGAACUAAUGUUGUUAGAGAAAGUACGACACCCUAAUGUUGUUCAGUUUGUUGGUGCUGUCACUCAAAACAUUCCGAUGAUGAUUGUUUCUGAGUAUCACCCAAGAGGUGACCUGGGUACCUAUCUUCAAAAGAAAGGGCGUCUAUCUCCUUCUAAAUCUCUAAGAUUUGCCCUGGAUAUUGCCAGGGGCAUGAAUUAUCUUCAUGAAUGUAAACCAGACCCAAUUAUCCAUUGUAGUUUACAGCCAAAGUGCCAGAAAUAUUUUGCUGGACGAUGGAGGUCUCUUGAAAGUUGCAGGAUUUGGUUUGCUUAGGCUGUCAAAAAUUUCUCCUGAGAAAGCAAAAUUGGUGCAGCCACAUGCUUAUGACCGUUCAAGUUACUAUGUGGCACCUGAGAUUUAUAGGGAUGAUAUAUUCGGUAGAAGUGUUGAUGUGUACUCUUUUGCUAUCAUACUUUAUGAGAUGAUGGAAGGAUGCCCUCCUUUCCAUCCAAAACUCCCUGAAGAGGCUGCAAAGUUGUUAUGUAUAGAAGGAAAAAGACCAUCAUUCAAGACAAAAUCCAAAUAUCCUCCUGAUCUGAAAGAGUUGAUUGAAGAAUGUUGGGAUCCUGAACCUGCUGUAAGGCCAACAUUUUCCCAGAUCAUAGCGCGGACAGAUAAGAUUGUCACAAAUUGCUCUAAACACGGGUGGUUGAAGGACACUUUUAAGCUUCCUUGGUUAUAAGGGAUGCAUUGAAUUGGUAUUCAUUAUAAGGUGCACCCGAAAAAGGUUUUUGGUCCGGUUAGCGCAAGAGAACAUUGGAGAGCUUCUAUGGCCAACUAAAAUAUACUCCGUAUGAUGCAGGGAGGACAUUCGGGCUUAGCUGGUAAUUUAGACAUGUCCUCCAAGUUUCGUGCUGCACGAGUUUUUACCUCCCGUGGCCUGAAGUUCUGGAUUAGAACUAAAAUUUUCCGCAUUCAUUUUUUUGAAUUAAAGUUGGUGCACACCAAGGUUUACAUCAAGAUGUACAUACAGUAAAGAACAAAUUCGCCAAAUCUCAUUUGUGAAAAUUAUUUUGAGUUGUAAAUUCCUUCUUUAGCGUAGGUGAACACCAAGAAUUGUCCUUCAUUUUUUUGCCAAAACAGAAUUUCUUCAUGCACGCGCAUGACUCUUUCAACUCUGAUUU